AUGCGCUCUUCAAUCACGUCCCUCGCGGUCCUCGCCACCUCUCUCUUCAGCUCCUCUGCGGUGGCCACGCUUUACUUCAACGCCACCUUGAGCGCAGACAAUACGAUCAGCGUCCACUCAUGGGACGACUCCAACAACAACGGUGGCCAGAACCCCGAAGACAUCGUCUGCAAGGGCGACAACUUGCAGCCUACCGCUCAAGAUCCCGUCACAUGGACUGUCGACUGCACGUCUCUAGACAACGCCAAGUCCGACACUGUCUUUGACGUCUUCCUCAACCCAGACAACAAACGCUUCAUCGAUGUCAUCUACCGCUACUCCAACCCAAACGCGCAGGGUCUGAACGAAGUCGGCGGUGGCGAGAACCCAGAUGAGUUCUACUUCAACUUCCGUGUGGGAAGUGUGGAUGGCAAGUUCUUCAAGUCGCGGGAGUUUGGGGCUCAGCAGGAUAUCUUGAACUUGGUGAAGCCGGAGAGCCUGAAGAAUCCUUGUGAUAGCUUGGACACGUGCUAG